AUGCGAAAAAGUUAUAAAUAUCGUUUGUAUCCAAAUCAGCAACAAAAAGCCCUAAUUGACAAAACAUUAGAGACUUGUCGUUGGCUCUACAAUUAUUUUCUAGCCGAAAGGAGAGAAAAAUAUGAAAAGGAGCAAAAGAGAGUAAGUUAUACCUACCAGCAAAACUCUUUACCCAGUCUGAAAGAAACUAAUCCCAAUCUCCAAGGUACUUAUUCCCAAGUUCUCCAAGAUGUAGCCCAAAGAGUUAAAAAGGCUUUUCGGGGUUUCUUUUUGAGAUUAAGAAACAAGACAGGCAAAGCAGGCUAUCCUAGGUUCAAAUCUUUUGGGAGAUAUGACAGUUUCACCUACUCCCAAAAUAAUAACAGUUAUAAAUUAGAGCAGGGGAAGUUAAGAUUAUCCAGUAUUAGCAAGGUAAAAAUUAAACUUCACCGAGAAUUAGAGGGAGAAGUUAAAACUUGCUCUAUCAUAGUUAAAAAUAGCAAGUAUUAUGCCUGUUUUUCAAGUGAAGUUGAGCCCAAAUUGCUCCCAAAAACGAAUAAAAAAGUUGGUAUUGAUUUAGGCUUAACUUCCUUUUUGGCUACGAGUGAUAAAGAACUAAAAGAAGCACCGAAAACAUACAGAAAAGCCGAAAAAAGAUUAGCCAAAGCAGGUAGGAAAGUCAGUCGGAGAGUGAAGAAAAGCAAAAGGAGAAAAAAAGCCGUAAUUCUUUUGGCUAAACAACAUGAGAAAGUUAGCAACCAAAGAAAAGAUUUAGCCCACAAAUUAGCCAAAGAAUUAGUGGAAAAGUAUGAUGGUAUAGCUUAUGAGAAAUUAGCCAUUAAAAACAUGGUUAAGAAUAAGUAUUUAGCUAAAAGCAUCAACGAUGCUGAAGUGAAUGCUAAAAAUACUAGUCAGAUUUGUAGUGAAUGUGAUAAGCAAAAAGAACAAAAACUCCAAUUAAGUCAAAGGAAGUUCACUUGUUCUUUUUGUCCGUAUUCAGACAAUCGAGACAUCAAUGCUGCUCGUAAUAUUCUCAAACGAGCAGAAUGGGUCGGUUCGACCCUUCAAGGAGCAGUCUCAAUGGAGGCUGUGUAG